CCUAUUUCCGUACACAAACUGCUGAUGACGUGUACGCUCCCCCACUGUUAGCUAGCUAGCUAGCUUAGCCAGCUGUCAGAAUAAGGGUGUUGAAGAAAAGUAACGGGACAAAGCGGCGGGAGACUAAACACCCCCAACAAAUCGCGGAAGAUGGAGACUCUUUACCAUCAGACGAACAAACACAUCCAGGAGGUGCAGUCUCUUAUGGGCAAUCUGGAGAGGACGGAUCGUCAGUCAGUACACUUGUUAGAGAAUGAACUGCAGGCGAGAACCGACCAGAUCUUCACUCAUUUAGAACGUCUCGAGAUCCUGGCCAGCAAGGAGCCACCAAACCGCCGGCAGAACGCCAAACUGCGAGUGGAUCAGCUUAAGUAUGACGUCCAGCACCUUCGGACCGCCCUGCAAAACUUCCAGCACCGACGCUACGCCAGAGAGGCCCAGGAGAGAGAGAGGGAGGAGCUCAUGAGCCGUACCUUCACCACCAACGACGCAGAUACCUCCAUCCCCAUAGAUGAGACUCUUCAGUUGAACUCCAACUUGCACAACGCACACAGAGGCAUGGACGACCUCCUGGGCAGCGGCAGCAGCAUCCUCAACGGCCUCAGAGAUCAAAGAUCUACGCUGAAGGGGACCCACAAGAAGAUGCUGGACGUGGCCAACAUGUUGGGGCUGUCGAACACGGUGAUGAGGCUGAUAGAGAGACGAGCCACCCAGGACAAGUUCAUCAUGAUCGGAGGCAUGCUGCUGACCUGCGUCUUCAUGUUCCUGGUAAUCAGAUACCUGGGCUGACCACCUUCAAUCCAUCCACCCGCAUCGGUGGGUCUCUCUGAUCAGUCGUGGACAUUCUUCUGCAAGCACACCAUCAUCCCUCAUGAUAUGAAGAGUGGCCGAAUUUUUAACAUCAGAUUUACGUGAUUUUUAUAAAUGGUGCCAUUACAGUUUGUAAUGAGAUGUAAAUGGUUAAUUAAGAAGACCUUAAUUACAGACAGUAUUUUAUUCCACUUGAGGCUCCGAUAGAGCGUUGAACUUUCUGAUCGUAGAUCUGCUCCUUUCCUCAGAUUGCUGCCACUCAUACGUGACCUAAUCAAAACCACUCGGAAACUGUAAAUCCCUCUUGUGAUUGUACCCAAAUGGCUUUUUAAAGCACUCAUACAAACUGAUCUUUGCAUUUGCCUCCAGUGAAAACCUGUUUGUUUCGCUCGUUCAUCUGUCAGUAAUGUGUCGUCAGUGUCAUUCUGCCUUGGUAAGCAUUGUUCAUAGACAAAGACAUUCUACUGUGCAAAUACUCAUUAAAAUUAAUUUAGGUUAUGUGUAGCUGAUUUUACAUGCCCGAUACAAACAGGAUGGCAAUAAGGAUCUGUUCAGAAAACCAAUGGAAGCAGCAUUUAUUUUGUAAUUGUUCUACUUUCUCUUGGAUUUAUGCUUUGGUCGAGUCUCACUAUGUGAGUGACUUCAUUCUCUUAAUAAAUUAAAACAUGUUUCAUUUC